AUGAACGCAGAGAUUCAACGAGGACCUCGCAAUGCUCCUAUUGCACAAUCCACCACGCUUGGUUGGAUUGUCUAUGGAGCUGUCACCGCUAAACACGCUUCAACAUCACACGCAGCACUACAUGCGUCAGUAGAUACUGAAUUACAAGACGCUAUCGCUAAGUUUUGGGAACAGGAAGAAGUUCCAUCAGGAAAUUCACCGCUAAACACCGCUGAAGAAGACGAAUGUGAAAUUCACUUUCGUCAAACGCAUUAUCGACAGCCUGAUGGACGCUACGUAGUGAGAUUACCGCUUAAGGCCCUUGAGAGUCAACUUGGCGACUCUAUCAACGCAGCUAUGGGGUCACUCCGCAGAUUAAUAACUCGCUCGUCGCGAGAAAGAGAAUAUUCUGACAUGUAUCGUGCAUUCAUGGCAGAAUACAUUCAACUAGGACUCAUGGUACGAGUACCAGUCAACGAAUUGCCCGCAAACGCUUAUUUCUUGCCUCACCAUGGGGUAUUGAAGCUUGAUAGUGCCACUACGGUUCCUGUCCAAUAUCUACAGCAAUUACAUUGA